AGGACAUUAAACAGGUAAGAAAUUAAAUAUCAGUUUGCUGUAGUUGAGCGGUCAAUAACCAAGGCUUUAAAAAACAAUUUCACCCUCCAGAUCCUGACUCCCCCACACUGUAGAUUCAUUCUCUGAGCAGCAGAUACUAGGACAGCACAUCCUGACACCACCACACAAUGCACAGCACAGUGCGGUAAUUAGCAGGCUGGUUGAUUCUUUUUAUGUGAUUUUUUUCCUACAGAUAUACAGGACACCACCACUGUUCAGUUUGACUCUUCCCAAACAGAAGAUGGAGAACAACAAUCCCAGCAUCCUUCCACGAUGGCCAGCCCCUCUCCUCCUGCAGCAGCGGGUGGGUACAGAGUCAAAUGGCUGGUGUACGGUCAGGGAUAUGUGAUCAUUUCCACAGAUCCACAGGACACCACCACUGUUCAGUCUGACUCUCAGAGCUCUCCAACCACCGGGCCAGCCACUUCCCAAACACCAGAUGGAGGAGAACAAUCCCAGCAGCCUUCCACGAUGGGCGGCACCUCUUCUCGAGCCAGCUCCCCAUGGCACUCAAGCUCCUGGCUCUCUGGCACUUCACCUGCAGUAACAGGCACUCCAAUCCCUGAGGAGCUCCACCUGAUCUCUGACAGUAUGGUCUGGCCGGAGGCUUGGCAGUACUGCAGGGAUCACUACACUGACCUAGUGAGCCUCACAAGCCUGGCUGCACAGAACAGAGUGUCGGAGCUCGUCAGGAACAGCACUGCGUCGCGAUUCUGGAUCGGCCUGCACAGAACCGUUGUGUAUGAUAACUGGUACUGGGUUGCUGGUAAGGAUAAGAGGGCCCCCCUAAACUACACUAACUGGGCCCCUGGGGAGCCCAACAAUCCUUACUAUGAGCACUGCGGAGAGAUGGUGCUGGGGGAGGAUGGGGGGGCUGAGUGGAAUGAUCUGUGCUGCUAUGAAAAGCUCCCCUUUAUCUGUUUCAAAGGUUAAAAACACAUCUGAAAGGUUUUAUAGCACUGCUUCUCAAACAUUCUAUAGUAUAAAGUCACUUUAGUCUAAAAAAAAUAGCAAUUUACAAAAACGUUAUAGAAAUAUCUGAGUCUAAAUUUUGUUGUAUAAACAUGGCAUGUGUGAAAAAUAAAGCAAAACAAAAUCUUGUAUCUGACAGAAUUUGACAAUGCCAGAGUCCAGUAGAAUAAAUUUCUGUGUAGCAAUCUUAAAGGGGCAAUAGUUACUUAAGAAAAGACUCCUCAAUACUGAUUUUGAGGAAGUGAGGUGGGGAAGCAUAAUAGUGUUGCACAGGCUUCAGUGCACAAUGCUUGUCUUAUGGGGUUCAUGGCACAGCGCAACACUAAUAUGAUUCCCCUCCUCACUUCCUCACAAUCAGCAUUGAGGAGUCUUUUCUUUUAAAUAUCUACAUUUACAAAUUGAAGUAUAAAAUACAAGCAAGGGACCAAAAGAUCUUCAACAGAAGGAAAUGUCCAGUGAUCCUAUUGCUGGGGAUAAUAAGAUAUAAGAACAUGGAUUUUAAACCUUGGUCAGCAUCAUAUAGGAUGUAUUGUUAAGAGGGAAGUAGAGAGGGUGAAAGGGUCUUAUUUAAUAUUUUUCUAAUUUCUGCUUUUUGCCUUUAAAAAAAGAUUCUAUAAUAUUUAAGUAGGUUUUACACAUUUAAAUAAUGCUCUCAUAUUUCAGUAAGGAAUGUACACAAACUAGACAGCCAACAGGGCCUGGUUUCUGAUGAUGCAGAUUGCACCUAAUGCUACUCUGUGAAUGAAUGUAGUGAGUAGGCAAACUGUAAUCAUAUUUAACUAAACAAAAUAGAAACUACAUUAUGUACCGAGUGAGUCUCUUCUGUCUAUUUAUAUUCUGUAUUUUUGAAUAUAUUCAUGAGAACAUAAGAAAGUUUACAAAUGAGAGGAGGCCAUUUGGCCCAUCAUGCUCGUUUGGUUGUUAGUAGCUUAUUGAUCCCAGAAUCUCAUCAAGCAGCUUCUUGAAGGAUCCCAGGGUCAGCUUGUAUGUUUUGCUGGUAUAAAAAUAAAUAAUGAUUUGAUCUGAA